AUGGUCCUAAUCGGCUUAAAGCUGAGCCUGGUCCUGCUGCUCUUCCUCGGCGUUGUGUGCCACACAGUUGAAGGAAUCUGCAGCGUGGAGCACUGCACUGACCACACCAGAUGUGUUCUAGCUAAAGAUCAGAAGAGCUGCAAGUGUGCCGUCGGGUUUUAUGCUGACCGGUGUGACAAAAAUGCACACGUCAAAAUGAUGUGCAGUAAAGACUACAUAGAAAUCAGAGCGAUGGAAGACUUUUUCAAGUAUCACAACGUGCCGCUGGAGUCCCUCCACCUGCCCAACAAAUCCUGCCGUGCCCAGAGGAAGGUGAUCGACGGAGUGCCGUACUACAUGUCCAGGAUAUCCAAAGACGAAUACCUCAGCUGUGGAGGCAGACUGCUGGAGAAAAAUGUGACCCACAUCUCGUACUCCCUGAGUCUAAUGUCGGAGCCUCAGGUUUCUGGAAACAUCAUCAGAGAUCCAGUCAUCAAGAUGGACUUCACGUGCGUCUAUCCAUACCUCAGGAGAGUCAGUCUGUCUUUUCCAGUUGUCCCUUUUUCAAGCGAGAUGGUGAUGCGUGUGGACGAGCUCGAUGCCACGAUCCAGAUGGUUUUGUACAAAGACGACACGUACACUAAAGCCUACACCAGCGCUCCAACCAUUGAGCUCAGAGACAAGGUGUUUGUAGAAGUGACCAUGACGGAGCCUGCAGGUUUCUUCCUGCUUCGGGUUAACGAGUGCUGGGCCACACAGUUUGCUGAGCCGAACUCCACAGACGGAUCCGUCCACACUCUGAUUCUCAACGGGUGUGUGAGCGACCCGACUGUCUCCUUCCUUAACGUGACCGAGGGACAGUCCGGACGCAACGGAGACAGCUCCACCGUUCGCUACAGCUUCGACAUGUUUCGCUUCACGGCGUCGCCUCAUGACCUCUACCUUCACUGCACCGUGCAGCUGUGUGAGCCGGACGACCACAAGUCCUGCAUAGCCAACUGUAAUUCUGUCAGUAAGAGGGAAGCAGUGAGAGCAGAUCCCAGCCAAGGCCUCCUGUCAUAUGGACCCAUCAGGAUCGAAAUGCCAAACAGAGCUCAAUCCAGCAUCCUGACGACGGUGGUGCUGCCUGUAGCAGGUGUUUGGACUGUGGGCUUCUUCCUCAUCAUCCUCAUCACGGUGGCCAAGGCAGGCAGCAGGCGGCUCGCGCAGAUGGAGGAGGACUGA